CUAUUGAUUCCCUCCACCUUUCUUGUGCCCACAAGCUUCCUCCUCCUCCUCCUCCUCCUCCUCCUCCUCCUCUAGAAAGCUUAGCUUCUCUCUCUGCUGCUUUCUAUUGGUUCCUCUUCUGUUCCUAGUCAAGCAGCAGUAGUGCUUCAAGCUUGAUCGAUCAGCCAUGGUGGAGCGUAGUGUGAAAUCAGAGCAUGGAGUCGACCUGUUCCUGCCUCCUGGCUUCAGGUUCCAUCCGACAGACGAGGAGGUCAUCACCAGCUACCUCCUGCAGAAGUUCUUGAACCCUAGCUUUGCGCCGCACGCCAUCGGGGAGGUGGAUCUCAACAAGUGCGAACCAUGGGAUCUCCCAAGCAAGGCGAACAUGGGAGAGAAGGAGUGGUACUUCUUCUGCCACAAGGACAUGAAAUACCCGACGGGCACGCGCACGAACCGCGCCACCAAGGAGGGCUACUGGAAGGCCACCGGCAAGGACAGGGAGAUCUUCAAGCAGCCUGGGCGUGAGCUGGUGGGGAUGAAGAAGACGCUGGUGUUCUACAUGGGCAGGGCUCCAAGGGGCACCAAGACCAACUGGGUGAUGCACGAAUUUCGCCUUGAUGGCAAGUCCAGGCACACCAACGACUCCAACUCCAAUCUACGAUUCAAUCCCAAGGAUGAAUGGGUCGUGUGCAAGGUGCACCACAAAGGAGGCGAAGAGGCCAGCAGCAAGAAGGCCGGCGGCGGCGGCGGCGAGGAGCACUACUCCUCCGCCGGAACGCCCAACGUCAGCUCCGUCGAGGCCGGCGAAGGCGGCGACGAGUUCCUCGUCGACUCUUUGCUGGAUUACUCCAGCUACUUCAACUCCAGCUUGCCUUUGACGCCCAGCACGACGACGACGACCAUCAGCGCCGCAGCGCCGCCGUACAACGCGGACUUGCUGUAUCCUGUUCACACCACCACCGCCGCCGCCGCCGCCAACGCCGGAUUGACGACGACGACGACGACUACGAGUAGUCGCUUCGUCGGCCUGCCGACUGACGGCAGCAACUACUCACAGCACGCGGCGGCCGUGGCCAACUCAGUAGCAGCUGCAACGAAGAACAACGACGACGACAGCUCCGCCUCCUGGAACAUGCUUCGUCACGCGGCAGACAACAAAGCAGCAAUGGGGACGAACUACAGCUUGCACCACCAGGCAAUGGUGGCGAAAGUUCUAGGAAGCGGCUGCGGCGUCUCUCCGAACUUCGGCGCUGGUUUGCCGCCGGCGGGUUCCUCGGUGGCGGCGGCCGGAAUAAUUGCGCAGAAUAAUGUUGUGCCGCAGCAGAGGCUUGCUGGGAACUACAGGGGAAAUUAUGCUGCAGGUUACCAUACAAGCAAGUAGUAAUGGUGGAGCUGCGCUGCGGAAAAUUUAGUGAUCGAUCGUGUCGUUAGUAGUUGUGUGGCAGUUUUGUUGGUUGCUUGAUUCAUUAAUUAGUCUGAUACAGGAGGAUGAUGCGUAACAGUUUGUUGGUGAGGAUUUAUUUCCUUGUUAGCUGGUGGUGCUCAUAUAUAUAUAUAUAUACUUUUAUAGGUGACACA